AUGUCUCAAGCCCUCCACCACAUCGCUCAAACCGGCUUCUCAGAUGCCUCAGCCUACGACAAACACCGGCCCACCUACACCGCGCACGAGACAGAACUAAUCCUGACGCGCACAUUAUCAAGCCCUGGGGAAGGAAACCGGAAGGUCGUAGACCUUGCCGCCGGCACAGGUCUUUUCACAGAGGCUCUUGUCGCAGCGAGACCGAAAGAAGAAGGAGAAGCUGGGUUCUACGAGAUUGUGGCUGUUGAGCCGCAUGAUGAUAUGAGGAAGGAAUUGGAGAACAAGGCAUUGCCUGGUGUGAAAGUGGUGAAAGGAUGGGCAUCCGAAUUGCCCAUGGAGAGUGGUAGUGUAGAUGUGGUAUUUGCGACGCAGGCAUUCCAUUGGUUCGCCAAUCUUGAAUCCCUGAGAGAAAUCCGCCGCGUGCUCAAGCCAAACGGGUAUUUGGCACUGAUCUGGCACGUUGAUGCCUGGAACGGAUACCGAAACGACCCUGUCCCGAGCGACUGGGAAGGAGUCAUCAAAACGCACAUCUGGCUUAAUGACGACAAUGUCCCCCGUUUUCGCCACGGGAAAUGGAAAGAUGUCUUUGACGAAAAGGAACAGACGUAUUUCGAGACACCGCUUCAGGAGGAGAAGGAGUACAAUACGCAGUGGCUUUCUGUGGAGGAAUUCAAAGAAAAGUUUGAUAAAGCUCUCAACGAUGCACCCAGGAACGAGGCUGGCGAGGAAUGUUGCAGACAGCAGUUAGGGUUAGGUAGCGGGGCGCAUGCCUCGUUACUCACGCCUACGACACCCAUUACUUCUACCGAGGGCAAAUACAAACGCGGAAUUUACCGGGGACUGAAGAUUUCAAUUUCUCUCUAUGUUAUGCUCUGGAUGCUGCAUUUGAUUAAGACGGGCGUACAUCAAGAAGAGAUCGAACAUAAAUGGCCCACGCCGCCAGAAUGGGGCUGGAAGAGUCGAUGGGAUUUGCGUUCUGCGACUGCGCUACAGCACCCCGAGGAUAUUGGGCAGGUGACUGUGCAAUGGCAGAAUGUCUAUGGGUAUUUGAAAGACCUGCUAGAACGCCUGGAAGACCCGAAAAGCGAAGGUCAGGGAAUAAAAGACCAAGCUGAUGGUGGGAUAUUGAUCGAUGGUGUCGGGAAAGUCGGAUACGAUGUGUCGAUGAAAAGCGAACCGUGGAGAAGAGGAUAUUUCCAAUGUUUGAUGGACUCGGCAAAGGCGGCGGAGAAUUUAGAUGGCUAUAUGACGGAUUGGAAACAGCGCGUGACCGCUCAGGCUGAAUAUGUUCAUGGACCGUCUAAUCCGAAUGCGAAGACGUUGCCGGGCCGGACGAAUAUUGUGAUGCGCGAGGAGGACUGCACGCCUUCAGCGCCACCCCCGGAGGUCUUUUAUAUGAAAAUAUUGACGACGACAGGAUUCACUGCGAGACAAAAGAUUGAUGCGGCCCUUGCGUAUGCCGAUUGGUUGAAUUACAAGGGAUUAGGAAGCACAGCGAGAGAGAUGUAUUCAUGGGCGAUGGAUAUUGCUACAUCAGGAGAACUGCCAUAUGACGCUUCUAGCGUCGUGGAUACGAAGACGGGUAUUCUGAAAAACAACGGCAAGGAUAUUGCCUCGGAAAACAUCAUGCGAGUAUCCACUGCUUUAGGCGUGCACAAUGUGAAGGCGGGAGAUCUUACCACUGCAUUGUCGAUAUUUACUUCCGUUCUAAAGGCGCGUCGCAGCUUACCAGAACAAGCAACGUCUCAGAAAGAGAAUCGGCCGGUAGACUCGCGUGGCAGAGUGCCAUUUGACGAUUUAUUCGAGAAAGUACGAAUCAUGUUCGUGCCUCCUGUCUAUCCAGAAGCACCGCCAGAUGGGAAUCAACCACCAGUGCGAAGCAUUGGCUCACCAUGCGAAGAAGCAGGGUUGAUGACAUACAUAGGCGAGAUUUUAUAUGCUUCAUCCUCAAAAGAAAAUGGCCUAGCCUGGACCCGUGACGCCGUCGACAUCGCCGAGUUGGCGUUGCUAGAUCUUAACAGCGGCGGCCACAACAAUAGAAAUGAAGCAGAGCCACGCGGCCGAUGUUCGCAAUGCCUCAAGGUCAGCCUUGGAAAUUGGCGCACGAUGGUUAGCAAUCUAGUCAGCGAGGCAGUGCAGGCGGAGCGAGCUGCUCUGGCCGAAGACAAGGCGUGGUAUCAGUUUAGCGGCAGCGUGAAGAAAGCCGCCGAGAAGAAGACUAUGGAACGGAAACGAUGGCAGGCAGAGCAGAUGAUUAUUGAAGAUCGCGCCAAUCGUUUGUUACGGUUGACGAAUGAUUACACACUGUAUCAGCCGUCGGGUUUUGGGACUUCUAUGUUUUGA